CGACUUCUUUUUCAAAUCGCGCAGCGUUUGCCAGUGCGUCGUAACGCUUACUACUAGUUCGCUAGUUUCAGUACGAAACUAUUACUUUGAUUAUUUCGCUUGAAAUGUGGAAUUUCGUGAGUUUGCCCUUGUUUUAAGUAACGCUUUAAAAUGGCCGAAGCGGGAACGCAACGAGGAGUCCUGGAUUUCAGCCCGGUGAGGAAAAACAACACCGCUAACAAGGAAAACGACCAUCCAGUUCUGAGCUUGAUACAGUUCUCAAAGCCUCCUUUUGUGACAUUUGGCACAGUAAAGUUAGGCACCUCUAAAUCUGUUGUUUUACGGAUUGAAAAUCCCAUCGAGGAUGUCGAGGCGGAGGUUACUGUUAACAAGAUCCCUUCGAGUAAAGGCUUUUCUGUGGAGCACAACACGUUCACGAUUCAGCCGGAGAGCUCGUUCACUUUAACCAUAACCUGGACCCCAGCAGAAGAAGGUGGGUUCAGGGAGCUCCUCAUCUUCAGUGCUAAUGGAGUCCUGAAGCACCAGGCCGUCCUGCUGGGAAGAGCAGAAGCUCCAAAAAAGAACAAGAAGAGCUUGUGGGAUUCAAUCAAGAACAAAAGAAAAGGGGACCAAAGCCAAACGCAAAAGAAAACUGCGCCGCCGCUGAAGAUGGUGGCCAGUAAAACCUUCCAAGUCUCCAGAAACCCGCAGUACAAACGAGGGAAGCCACGCCCCCCGCUCGCCUCGCUCGAGCUGUCCCAAUCGAAGCACGGCUCAGGUGGCCAUCACUGGUCCAUUACUGGUGACCAUUACUACUCCGAACCAGGAGAACAGAAGUGUUUAAGUUCCCUACAGUCAGUGGCAGAUCAGGAGAGACGUCAUGACGUUCACAACAACUCCCCUGUUGUCCUGCUUGUCCCGGCUGCAAAACUCAUGGAUUCUGGCGGCGUGUCCGACAGUCUGAAACCUAAAAACAAAGAACUCACACAAUUGUUUAACAAGACUCUCUCUCCCAUUGGGACACCAGAUAUGUUAAAGAAGCUAAUGCCUCACAUUCAGUCAGAUGCUUCUGUGAACGUCGCCGGCGACCACACCGUCCCAUCUUUAAAAGAUGCACUGGAUCUCAUCGGCUCUGAUCUGAUUCUUCACACGAGUCCCAGAGACACGAGUUCAGGCUGCGAGUUCUCCGACUCUCUGGAGUACAAGAGUGGAAAACCGGACUGCAGGUCGGAUAAAAGUUCCUCGUCUGGGCAGCCCAGGCUCACCUUCUUUGUAAGUAAGAAGGUUGUUUCAGAAGACGUUGACGUUGGGGAGAAGGUGAAAAAGCCACCUUUUACGUCUGCUACCGUAACUAAAGGCAAAGCGCCAGCAGAGGUCGGCAGUCCAGGAGGGAGGAGAACAAAAAAGUCACGUCGACGGCUCUUGGAAAAGACAACAGAGUUCUCUGACAGCAGCAGCAGUCAAUCGGACUCUUGCUCAGACACCCCAAGCCUUCCUGUCAUCGACACGGGCGCGGGAUCCACGCUGGGCGAAGACGGACAUCAGCUCCCAGAGUUUAUGUCCUCUAGCCCCAAGUCGAAGCCUCACUGCUCACCUGCACCCAUCACCUUCCCCAUCUCCUCCCCUCUGCACCCGGCUCCUUCCAGCUUCUCUUUUUCGGUCACCUCUCCGCCUCCUUCAGUUCACGCCCCGGCUACUUUCACCAUCACCUCCUCACCACCGGCGGCCUCCUCGUCCACAGAGUCUGUGCAGGCCCCCACCAGUUUAGCACCAGUUUCUGCUGAGGACGACCCGUUUCCUGUUCAGCUGGAAGGUAAAAGCAAGAAGAGGAAGAGCGGGGAGGAUCUGAACGGUGGGAGUGAGGACUCUGGGGAAUCCAAACAUGUGAAAAGGAGCCGAGGCGUGGCUGCGAAAACCGAUUCCCUCAGAUCAGCCCAGGAGAGGAGGGGCGUGUCACAGAGAGCUGCAAGAUCGGUACACGCGGUGACAUCAUCAUCUCUGAGGAAGACGAAGCCCGCAGUGGCCGUCCAGGCCAAACGGCCAAACUCCAGAGUCCUCUCACAAGGUGCUUCAUCUGUGAAGAGAUGUGGCUCUGAAUCUGUGACGAAGGCCAAAGUGGUCGCGGUCGCUCAGUCGAAGCUGACCUUUGUUAAACCUCCACAAACGGCUCUACCGAGACACCCUAUGCCGUUUGCUGCCAAGAACAUGUUCUACGAUGAGCGGUGGAUCGAGAAGCAGGAGAGAGGGUUCGCCUGGUGGAUCAACUACGUCCUGACCCCGGACGACUUUAAAGUCAAUACAGAAGUCGCUAAAGUGAGCGCCGUGUCUCUCGCCAUGGGCAUCGACGAUAAGUUCAGCGCGCCCAAAGCUCCAACCAAAGAGGAGAUGUCGUUCAGCACCUACACGGCCAAGCACAAGCUGAACCGCCUCCGUCGGUCCGCCUGCCAGUUGUUCACAUCUGAGGUCAUGGUCAAGGCCAUUCAGAGGCUUGAACUGGAGGUGGAGGCCCGACGGCUGCUGGUUCGGAAAGAUCGACACCUGUGGAAGGACAUAGGCGAACGCAAAAAAGUCCUCAACUGGCUCCUGUCGUACAAUCCACUGUGGCUACGGAUCGGCCUGGAGACCGUUUUUGGGGAGCUGAUCUCGCUGGAGAGCAACAGCGACAUCCUCGGCCUGGCGAUGUUCAUCCUCCAGCGGCUGCUGUGGAACCCAGACAUCGCCGCUGAGUUCCGACACCCCCGAGUGCCUCACCUGUACAAAGACGGCCACGAGGAGGCGCUGUCUCGCUUCACCCUGAAGAAGCUGCUGCUGCUGGUCUGUUUCCUGGACAGAGCUAAAGAAUCCCGUCUGAUCGAACACGAUCCUUGUCUGUUCUGUCUGGAUGCGGAGUUCAAGGCCACCAAAGACCUGCUGCUGGCCUUCUCCAGGGACUUUCUGAGUGGAGAGGGGAUUCUCCCCCGACACCUCUCCUACCUCGGGUUACCAGUGUCCCACGUUCAGACGCCCCUCAACGAGUUCAGCUUCGCUGUGAACAACCUGGCGGUCGACUUGAGAUGCGGCAUUCGUUUAGUUCGUGUGAUGGAGCUCCUCGUUCAGGACUGGAGUUUGUCGGCAAAGCUUCGUCUGCCGGCCAUCAGCCGCCUGCAGAAGGUGCACAACGUCGACCUGGCUCUACAAGUUCUUACACGCAAAGGGAUAGACCUGAAGGACGAGCAUGGCGCCGUCAUUGAGUCCAGAGAUAUUGUGGACGGACACAGAGAAAAAACUCUGAGCCUCUUGUGGAAAAUCCUCUUUUCAUUUCACGUGGAGGUUAUUCUGGAUGAGGAUCAGCUGAGAGAGGAGAUCUGCUUCCUGAGGAGGACCCUGAGGACCAAGCGGAGGCUGGCGUCUGCGAGGGCCGAUCGGGGCUUUCAGCCGAGUCCUGAAACGACCCCGGCGCCGUACCAACACACGAGCACCAAGGUCGCUCUGCUGAUGGACUGGGUCCGUGCUGUGAGCGACUUCUACGGUCUGAAGGUGGAGAACUUCACUGUGUCGUUCUCUGAUGGCCGCGUUCUCUGCUACCUCAUUCAUCACUACCACCCCGGCCUCCUGCCAGGAGCCUCCAUCAGCACCAGCACCACGCAGACUGUGGAGUGCUCACAGAGAGGCCGUCUGGAGCUGAACUGUUCAUCUGGUGACUCCGACUGCUCCUUGGACGCGGCGCCAACUGGCUCUAAUGGACCAGACUGUUCCCCUCUGGUGUUCAAAGAGCUGCUGGAAAAUGAGAAGAGCAACUUCCGGUUGGUGAACGCUGCUGUGUCUUCCCUGGGUGGCGUUCCAGCCAUGAUCAGUCCAGCUGACAUGUCCAACACCAUCCCCAGUGAGAAGGUCGUGAUGUCCUACCUGUCCUUUCUUUGCGCCCGUCUGUUGGACCUGCGUAACGAAACCAGAGCGGCGCGUGUCAUUCAGGCUGCCUGGAGGAAGCACAGACUGCAGAAAGACCUGCAACUCUACGAGGAAAGAAAUCAGGCGGCGGGGAAAAUCCAGCUGGCGGUGAGACGUUUCCUCCAGAAACGUCGAGCUGAGAGGCAGAAUGGAGCUGCUGUAGUCAUCCAGGCGUUCUGGAGGGGUUAUUCUGCCCGCAACCGGAUGAGGCUGGAAGAAGAGGCUCGGAUUCGCGCCGUUCAGCACAAGGCAGCAACUGUCAUCCAGGCUCAGUGGAGGACUUUGUUCACCUUGAGGGCUUACCAACGCCUCAGAUAUUACACCAUUAUAGUCCAAGCACAGUGGAGAAUGAGGAGGGCAGCUGCUGCGUAUGAAAAAACCUACUGGGCAGCCACAGUCAUCCAGAAACACUCUCGAGCCACAGCGCUCUCAAGAAGAGAUCGGGAAAGGUAUCUCCUCCUGAAGGCGUCUGUGGUGAAAAUACAGCGAGCUUUCAGGAGGUGGAAAGCCCAGAAAGUACGAAAGCAAAACCGCGCCGCCGCGGUGAUACAAGCUGCUUUUAAGAAGUGGUUCAAGGCCCAAACGGCAGAAAAAGCUGCUGCUGCUGUGGCAAUCCAAGCUUGGUACCGAAUGCAGCUUUGUUUCUGCCGGUACAACAAGAUGAGGAGAAGCGCCCUGCUUAUUCAGGCUCACUUCAGAGGCCACGAACAGAGGCGCCGUUUUCAGACGCUAAAGCUGCGGCGAAACUCUGCACUUGUUAUCCAGAGUGCCUUCAGAGGUCACACGGUCAGAAAGGAGUUUUUGAAGUUGAGAUGUGCUGCCGUGAUCAUCCAGCGGCGGUGGAGGGCCUCCACGAGGCGAGACGCGCAGAGAGAAGCGUUUGUUCGAAUCCGAUGCGCUGCUGUUAAAAUACAGGCUGCUUAUAGAGGACAGGCGGCCCGAGAGCUGCUGAGGAAGCAGCACAAGGCGGCAACAGCGAUCCAGGCAGCGUUUAGGAGCCACGCGGCCCAAAAGCGUUAUCUCGUCGUGAGAAAAGCUGCAGGUUUGAUACAGCAGAGGUACAGAGCUAGAGCUCUGGCUCUAAAGGCAAAGAAGGAAUACGAUGCGGUAAGGAGGGCUGCUAUCGUUUUACAAGCCAGCUGGAGAGGCAGAACAGACAGGAAGAAAGUGGGAAUGUGGCAUCAGAGGGCGACGCUGAUACAGACUUGUUUCCGUCGACACAAAGCACAGACCGAGUACAGGUGCAAGAAGGCAGCAGCUGUAGUCAUACAACGUCGGUACAAGGCGUUUUUGGUAGGAAAGGAAACGAGAAGCGUCUAUAUCCAGCAGAGAAGAGCUUUCAUCGCCCUCCAAGCUGGGUUUAGAGGAAUGAGAGUAAGAACAGAGUUAAGAAAGAAGCACCAGGCUGCAACGAUCAUUCAGUCUGUGGUUAGAAUGUUUUUAUGUAGGAAACGAUAUGUUCUCCUCCAGAGUGCCGCAAUCAUCAUCCAGUGUAGAUACAGAGCGCUUCUCCUAGGUAGAGAGCAGCGGAGUGAGUUCAGGAAUGUAAAGCGGGCCGCCAUAAACAUACAAGCUGCGCUUCGUGGAUUUAGAGUCAGGACGGACCUGAAGAAGAGGCACGAUGCUGCCAGAAUGAUCCAAGCUCAGUUCAGGAUGUACAGGAUUCGUAGGGCUUACCUGGCUACCAGGUGUGCUGUUUUGACCAUUCAGGAGCGCUACAGGGCUAACGUUCUCCGGGAUGAACUGAUGCAGGCAUAUAAGAUCAAAAGAGCUGCGGCGGUGGUGAUCCAGGCUGCAUACCGUGGGCACAGGGCCAGAAGAAGGGUCACAGAGAUGCACCAAGCUGCAAGAAUCAUUCAGAGGAAGUUCUUGGCCACCCGAGCUAGAACGCAGUUCCUAGCCAUCAGGGCAGCAGCGCUGGUCUGUCAGCAGAGGUACAGAGCAGCUCUCCUGGCGAGAAAAGUUAAACUGGAUUACGUGUCAAAGCGCAGGGCUGUAGUUUGUCUGCAGGCUGCCUACAGAGGCUAUGCGGUCAGGAAGCAGCUGCUCAAAUGGCAAAGGGCAGCUGUAGCCAUUCAGUCUCAUUUUAGAAAACACCAACAGAGAUCCAGCUACAAGAAGCUCCUCUGGGCUUGCAGCGUAUUGCAAACACGUUACCGAGCAAACAAACAGAUGAGAGCUGAGGUUCAAGCCCUGUGUGCCAAGAGAAAUGCUACUGUUGUUUUACAAGCUGCCUACCGCGGGAUGAAGUCGAGACAGAGGAUAAAACAACAUCAAAAUGCAGCCUGUGUCAUUCAGGCAGCUUUCAGAGCCUGCUGCGAACGCAGACGCUAUCUGGCCUUAAGAUCCUGCGUCAUCAAACUUCAGCUCAGAUAUCGGGCCAAUGCUGCUGCUAAAACACAAAUAAAACAAUAUAAACAAAUCCGGAGAGCAACUGUCACUCUUCAGGCAGCGUUCAGAGGGCUUCGAGUCAGAAGGGACGUUGCUGGCUGGCAUCGGGCUGCAACUGUGAUCCAGUCUGCGUUCAGGCGGCACAGAGCGCAAGUCAAGUACCAGGCAUUGCGUCUGUCCACCAUCAUCAUCCAGAGACGUUACCGGGCUCUUCUUCUUCAACAACACGACAGAGAAACGUUCCUGGAAACCAAACGAUGUGCUGUUGUCCUUCAGGCGGCUUUCAGGGGGAGUCGUGUUCGAAAAGACAUAGCCAAGAUGCACAAAGCUGCUUCCAUCAUUCAAGCAAGUUUCAGACAACACAGGCAGCAGACAGCCUUCAGACAGCAACGCUGGGCGGCGCACAUCUUACAGCAGAGGUUCAGAGCUCAGAGACGGAAACACCUGGAGGUAAAACGAUACCAAGAGGUUAGGAAAGCAGCAGCUGUUCUCCAGGCUGCAUAUCGUGGAAUGAAGGCCAGACAAAUGGUCCAACAAAGGCACCGGGCUGCUGGGGUAAUCCAGAGGGCUUUCAAAGCUCACCGCCAACGCAGGAAGUACAGCACCCUAAAAUCCUCUGCUCUCACCAUUCAAAAAAGAUACCGGGCCACUGUGACCGCAAAGAAGCAAAUGCAACAAUAUAAACGCAUACGCAGUGCAGCAGUUAUCGUUCAGGCAGCGUACAGAGGGCUUCGAGUCAGAAGGGACGUUGCUGGCUGGCAUCGGGCUGCAACUGUGAUCCAGUCUGCUUUCAGGCGGCACAGAGAGCAAGUCAAGUACCGGGCAAUGCGUCUGUCCACCGUCCUCAUCCAGAGGCGUUACCGGGCCUGUGUCCUGCAGAGGAGAGACAGGGACCACUUCCUGAAAACAAAACAGUCUGUGGUCAUCCUUCAGGCAGCUUUCAGAGGAUAUCGUGUCAGGAUGGAAACUGCAAAGAUGCACAGAGCGGCUUCUGUCAUUCAAGCAAACUUCAGAAGAUACAAACAGCAGACGACCUUUAUAAAGCAGCUCUGGGCAGCAAGAGUUCUACAGCAGAGAUUUAGGGCUCAGAAACGUAAAAACCACGAGGCAAAACGUUAUCAGGAGCUCAGAAAAGCUGCCGUCAUCUUACAAGCUGCCUGUCGAGGAAUGAAGUCCAGAAAAAUCAUCAAACAAAAGCAUCAAGCAGCCAGCAUCAUCCAGAUAGCUUUCAGGGCCCAUUGUGAACACAAGGAAUUCCUCACCCUGAAGUCCUCUGUCCUUAGUGUUCAGCGUAGAUAUCGAGCCACUGUGGCAACAAACAAACAAAGAAGGCAAUAUAAACAAAUGCAAAGAGCAACAAUUGCCCUUCAGGCAGCGUACCGAGGGCUUCGAGUCAGAAGGGAGGUUUCUGGCUGGCAUCGGGCUGCAACUGUGAUCCAGUCUGCGUUCAGGCGGCACAGAGAGCAAGUCAAGUACCAGGCAAUGCGUCUGUCCACCAUCAUCAUCCAGAGACGUUACCGGGCUCUUCUUCUUCAACAACACGACAGAGAAACGUUCCUGAAAACCAAACGAUGUGCUGUUGUCCUUCAGGCAGCUUUCAGGGGGAGUCGUGUUCGAAAAGACAUAGCCAAGAUGCACAAAGCUGCUUCCAUCAUUCAAGCAAAAUUCAGACAACACAGGCAGCAGACAGCCUUCAGACAGCAACGCUGGGCGGCGCGCAUCUUACAGCAGAGGUUCAGAGCUCAGAGACGGAAACAACUGGAGGUAAAACGAUACCAAGAGGUUAGGAAAGCAGCAGCUGUUCUCCAGGCUGCAUAUCGUGGAAUGAAGGCCAGACAAAUGGUCCAACAAAGGCACCGGGCUGCUGGGGUAAUCCAGAGGGCUUUCAAAGCUCACCGCCAACGCAGGAAGUACAGCACCCUAAAAUCCUCUGCUCUCACCAUUCAAAAAAGAUACCGGGCCACUGUGACCGCAAAGAAGCAAAUGCAACAAUAUAAACGCAUACGCAGUGCAGCAGUUAUCGUUCAGGCAGCGUACAGAGGGCUUCGAGUCAGAAGGGACGUUGCUGGCUGGCAUCGGGCUGCAACUGUGAUCCAGUCUGCUUUCAGGCGGCACAGAGAGCAAGUCAAGUACCGGGCAAUGCGUCUGUCCACCGUCCUCAUCCAGAGGCGUUACCGGGCCUGUGUCCUGCAGAGGAGAAACAGGGACCACUUCCUAAAAACAAAACAGUCUGUGGUCAUCCUUCAGGCAGCUUUCAGAGGAUAUCGUGUCAGGAUGGAAACUGCAAAGAUGCACAGAGCGGCUUCUGUCAUUCAAGCGAACUUCAGAAGAUACAAACAGCAGACGACCUUUAUUAAGCAGCUCUGGGCAGCAAGAGUUCUACAGCAGAGAUUUAGGGCUCAGAAGUGUAAAAACCACGAGGCAAAACGUUAUCAGGAGCUCAGAAAAGCUGCCGUCAUCUUACAAGCUGCCUGUCGAGGAAUGAAGUCCAGAAAAAUCAUCAACCAAAAGCAUCAAGCAGCCAGCAUCAUCCAGAGGUUUUUCAGAGGCCACCAUGACCGACAACAGUAUUUGAAAGUAAAAACAUCCAUUGUUACAAUUCAGCAACGGUAUCGAGCCACCAUACAAGCAAGAGCGGAGAGAAACCGAUACAUCCGACAGCAGCAGGCUGCCGUCACGCUGCAGAGAUUCUGCAGAGCCUGGAGUGCCAGACAGCAGGUCCUAAAGGCGGCUCAUGCAGAAAGGAGGCUUCGGUUCACAUCUGCGGUUUUUCAUCAUCUCCGUGCAAUAAAGAUUCAACGUGCUCUGAGGGCUCACUGGGCUUUGGAAUCGGCCAAAAAACAGAUCCGCUCUGUCAUCAUCAUACAGCGGUGGGUGAGAGCCAUGCAGCAGAGGAGACGGUUUCAGGAGGACAGGAGGAAGGUGAUCACAGCCCAGAGAGCAGUUAGGUCUUGGCUUGCUCGCCGCCACAAGGCUGCCUCUGUCCUCCAGCAGGCUGUUCGGAAACUCCUCUUCAUCAGGCGCCGGCAGAGGGUUCUGCGGGGCAUUACUAAAGCUCAGGCUCUGUGGAGAGGACACCGCUCCCGCCAACUGAAUGACGACAUGAAGUUGUCGAAGCUGAGGCUCCGCUUACGGAAAGUCUCUGCUGAUGUUCAAGAGGAGGACAAACUCUGCAACAAGACCACAUUCGCUCUGGAGUAUCUCCUACGAUACAAACACUUCUCAUAUAUUAUACAGGCCCUGAAAAACCUGGAGACUGCCACCAGGCUUUCACCAGUGUGCUGUGAGCGGUUGGUGGAGAGCGGGGCCAUAAACGUCAUCUUCACACAGAUCCGCUGCUGCAACAGGAGCCUCCCCUGCAUGGAGGUCAUCACCCUCUCUGUCCAGAUCCUCCUCAACCUCUCCAAGUACCACAAGACCGUAGAGGCAGUGUACUCGGUGGAAAACUCUGUGGAAACGCUGCUUGAUUUGCUGCAGAGGUACAGGGACAAGGCCGGGGAUAAAGUGGCUGAAAAGGGGGGGAGCAUUUUUACCAAAACCUGCUUCCUCAUCGCUCUCCUGCUGCAGGACCCCCACCGAGUCGAGGAGGUGAAGAAGAUCCCUCAUGCUUUGGACAGAUUGUGCAGCAUCUAUAAGCUGACUGCUCGCAAACACAAACUGGAUGCAGAGAGAAACAUCGUCAAGCUGAAAAUGAACGCGUCCGUUAACGGGAGCGUUUUGGCGACGCCUCGGAAGUCUCCGCCUGUACCAAAAUUCUCACCAGACUGGGUUCUGACGAGAAACAACCUGAAAGAAAUUGUGCAUCCUCUGAGAGCGAUACAGAUGGUGGCAGACACACUUUCUAUUGUUUUGUAAAUACAUUUUGUUUGUUCUGUUUGUAGAUUUAAAGUUUUUUUCUUACUGAACAAUUUGAAAUUGUUUUGUUUUAUUCAAAAUUUCUUUUGUUGGUUUUUAUGCAAUAAACAGGAGAAAUCCACAUUAAA